AUGAAUAAUACGGAACUUUACGCAGUCAAAUGGUACAAGGAUGGACACGAAUUUUUUCGCUACCUUCCACGGAAUAAACCUUCGAAACAAAUGUUCCUCCUGCCGGAUGUAACAAUCGAUCUUCAAAGCUCGGAGAAAAAUCAGGUUCUUUUGAGAAAUGUAACGCUGGCUUCGGCAGGAAAAUACAAGUGUGAAGUUUCUGCAGAAGCUCCUGCAUUCCUGACUGUUUCCGGUGUUGGAAAUAUGAAGGUUAUCGCACUUCCCGACGCAGGGCCAACCAUUACCGGUGCCAAGCCAUGGUAUCAUGUAGGAGACGAGGUUCGGGUGAACUGUUCUUCCGGUCGUUCCAAACCGGCCACAAUACUCAGCUGGUAUGUAAACGACGAACGGGCAGCGAGCGAUAUGCUGCAAACAUACUAUAUGACCGUGGACCAACGCCUUCGACUGGAAAGGACUAUUCUGAGACUCGAGUUCAGAGUUCAACCGAAGCAUUUUAAAAACGGCGAAAUGAAACUAAAAUGUUUCGCAUUUCUGGGACAUUUGGAUACACUAGCCAGCGAGAGUAAGGAAAGCAUGGACCAGUCGAAGCGUGAUGAGCCAACGACGUCCGAGUCUCGGCUUGAUCUGUGGCCUCAUAACGUUUUCCGAAAGGAGUUGGAUACUAAACAGGGUAUGGAUUAA